GGAGGAGAAAUUCCAGGCUGGUGAUCAUACAUUUCUGUGUGGACAGCUGUAAAAGGAGGCAAGCAUGAAAUUCUGGUCUCUUUCUUUGUUCUCUUGCUAUGGAUUCCAGAGCAACAGUGUUCAUUCCUUUUCAUAAAGGCCCUCUGUUGUCCUGGCCAAAUUGGGAGUGGAAGAAGAAGCCAUUAUUACUAUUAUUAUUAUUAUUUUUAGUUUUGGCUGUCCUUGUGUGUCUUUUUCCUGCAUUUUCUUGGUCCUAUCAAGAUGGCUAUGAAAAAACCACCCAACAACCUUGGCUUGGAAAGGAACAUUGAUCUGACCCAGUUGAAGAAGAACCAUUUCUUGACAUAAUGGAAUCCUGGCAUGACCACAAUGCCCAUCACUCCAGAAAACGCGAUGCUGUUUCUUCCCAUCCUUUAUCGAUGGUUGCAGGGCCACCUGAAACGGGAAGCUGAGGAACCCGAGCACAGCCUUUGUCAUUCGGCCAUUAAGAAGCUGAGAGAGUACAUCCAGUUGAACUUCCCAAUAGAAGAGGGCAAGCGACACUACAGCCCCAGUCCUGUGGAUAUGGAAAUCUGUACGGUUUACUUAACCAAGGAUCCAGAAAUGACGGAGCCGCUCGGCCUAAGUUUUGGCAAUAUCCCUGCUUUUGGGGAUUAUGGUGAAAAAAGGAGAAUGGGGAGAAGAAAGAGGGGACAUAAAGGCCCAGUGCUUGAUGUUGGAAGCAUUUGGGUCACUGAUUUGAAAAAAAACAGUCCGGCAGGGAAAUGUGGAAGAGUUCGCUUGCGAGACGAGAUCCUUUCGCUGAAUGGCCAGCUAAUGGUUGGAGUGGAUAUUGGUGGUGCAAGUUAUCUGGCUGAUCAGUGCUGGAAUGGCGGCUUCAUCUACUUGAUCAUGUUACGCCGAAUCAAGCGCAAGGCCCCACUUCCUCCGUCAAAUGGCAACAACAGUAAGAGCACCGAACCCAAAGCCAGGCCUACCUCCGAACCCAGUGGGAAAACCACCCCAAAUGGCAAAAGGACGAGAAAGUUUGGGGUCAUUACCCGAACUGUUUCUGGGGGUAAGGACAACAAGAGCACCUCCAGAACGGAGCAGGAGAAUGGACAUUGCACCCUGGAUGGGUUGCAUUCAGUGGCAUCCAAAGCAGAGAAUCAAGGGGACGAUCAGUUUCUCACAGCAGACUUCCCUUUUCCAGGAGACCAUUACCGCUCCCGUCUUUCAGAUGGAGGCAUUCUAGACCUCAACUCCAGUGAAUUAUCCUUACAGAGAGAAGGCUGUCGGAUAUGGAAGAUGACCAUGAUGAAGGGAACCGACGGGCUGGGAAUCCAGAUCACUGGAGGCCGUGGAUCUAAGCGCUCCCCUCAUGCCAUCAUCAUUGCCCGGGUGGAAGAAGGUGGAUCAGCUCACAGAGAUGGCAGGCUGAAGGUGGGUGAUGAGCUUCUAAUGAUCAAUGGCCAGUCUUUGGUUGGUCUGUCCCAUCAAGAUGCUGUCGCUCUACUCCGGUCAGCGGAAGGCCUUGUGUACUUAGUGGUGGCAAGCAGGGAAAGAGCAGAAGAAGAUGUUCUUCAUUAUCCAUCUACAAGUUUGCCAGACCUAAUUAGCACUUGUUCUGCUCAGGAUACGGCCACCUGGAUUGACAAUAAGGAGAAUGAAGCACCGGAAGAGGAGGAUGGAAAGGCUCCAGAGUCAGGAGUUCUGGAACCUAUGACACACAUGACCGAUAUGGACAGGUCCUCAGAUCUUACAGAAGACGAGAGCUCCAAAGAGAACUGUCAGAGCCCAACCCUUGGAGGUGGUAUUUUGAAGUACAGGAGCCGAUCUCAAGGGGCGGCAACUCGUUUAGAGUCUGUGGGAGAAGAUGAUGAGUUGACGGUAGAAAAUGGAGAUGUGAAUUAUGAAAUACCAAUGAAAUAUUCCCGGGGAGGCCGAAAGCAUUCCUUACCGCAGCAUUUGGACACAGGAACCAGACAGGAGUACCACAUUGUUAAGAAAUCCACUCGUUCGUUGAGUGCAGCUCAGGUUGAAUAUCCCUGGCGACUUACGCAGCCAUCUAUUAUUUCCAACAUUGUUCUGAUGAAGGGGCAGGGCAAGGGUCUUGGAUUCAGCAUUGUUGGGGGGCAAGAUUCAGCCCGGGGUCGGAUGGGCAUUUUUGUCAAGACAAUUUUUCCAAAUGGGGCUGCAGCAGCUGAUGGCAGGUUAAAAGAAGGAGACGAACUUCUGGAAGUUAAUGGGGAAUCAUUACAAGGGCUGACGCAUCAGGAGGCAAUUCAAACAUUCAAACAACUCAAGAAAGGUGUGGUGACUCUCACAGUGCGAACCAGACUCCGCAGCCCGAGCCUUACACCGUGCCCAACUCCCAUAUUACUGAGCCGGUCCAGUUCUCCCAGCUCCAAUGCCAGUGGAGGAGCCCCAUUUCCCUGUGGUGAAGAUGGAGAUAUUUCGUCUUCUAGUCGUAAAGGACCAGGACCAAAGGACAGAAUCGUCAUGGAAGUCACUCUAAAUAAAGAGCCUGGGGUUGGCUUGGGCAUUGGUGUUUGUUGCCUCACCUUGGAGAACAGCCUUCCGGGUAUAUAUAUUCACAGCUUGGCUCCAGGAUCUGUGGCUAAAAUGGAUGGAAGAUUAAGCCGUGGUGAUCAGAUCCUGGAAGCAGAUUCGGUCAGUUUGCGUCACGCAGCGCUGAGUGAAGCUUAUGCCAUCUUGAGUGAAUGUGGACCCGGCCCAGUUAGCCUUAUUAUUAGCCGGCAUCCUAACCCAAAGGUUUCUGAACAGGAGAUGGAUGAAGCCAUAACACGAACCACCCACAGAGAAAACAGGGACGUCUCUUCUCCUCAUUCCUCAGGAAACCUGCCAAAAAGUCCAUCUCCAAGCGUGAAGUCUAAACAGACAGAAGCCUCCUCGCCUUUGAGCUGGACAAUGAAGCGUUUCUUGGAGCCGGCGAGUCGGCAGAGCUCUCUCAAUUCUGAAACGGAGCUUUCCCAAUACUUCUUACAAGAUGGGGUGAGCCAAUUGUCUCUCUCAGAGACUAUUGUGACGGGAUCCAGUGAUGAGGAGCAAUUUCGGCCCAAGAGUAGGAGCAGUUCCCUAGAAGAGAGCCUUCUUUCUUCUGGUAAUCCAGCUACCAAAGAAUUGAGUCUGUGCAGUUCCCCAGCUACUGGCAAUAGCUCGCCGGGUCCUCUCAGCAAGCCAAGGGAGACAGCUGCUCGGCACGUUAGUUUCAGUGACAGCCCCAAAGGGCCCCAGUCUGCUUUCCAACGGCAGAGAAGGAUUGCUUUUUAUGAUGGAGACGUGAGUGAUGAGGAUGACUUUGCCAAACAAGAUGGAGACUCCUUCCAAAGAGGGUCGAGGUCGAAAGGUCAAAGGAAAGGAGACAAUGACUGUAAUAUUUCCACUGCAGCUCCUUCGGUGCAAAAUGGAGAUACCAGCCAGGAGAGAGAAUCUGCGGCAAAUAUCUGCAGUAACUUAGCUGCUAGGAAUCUGGCAGAGACCGUUGGGGAGCAUACAGGGGAUACCCCUUUUCUCCCAACUAAAGAGCUUCCUCAUCUUCCAGAGCUUCAUCCGGGCUACUUGAACGUGAAGGACUUUCAGGACGAACCGCUAGAAACGAAGAGGUCUCCCAAAUUGGAACAUAAAGCCAUCACCCGAGUGAAAAGCCUGAUGAGUAUUGAAUACCACGGAGUCCCAAGGCCCAAGAACAAGGAGCACGGGGCCUGCCCCAGAACUAGUGGGAAGGUCCUUCCAUCCAUCCAGAGGAAUGAAGCUCAGGAGACGGUUCCCCUUGAGCUGAGCCAUGUGGAAUCCAUUACUUUAUCCCGGAAUGAAAAUGAGUCAUUUGGCCUGGAUCUCGAAAUCCAUGCCAACCCUUUGCGCAUCGUCAUAACAGGCUUGCAACCAGGUGGAGCAGCUGAAAGGGCAUCCAUGGGAAGGCUGGUUCCAAGAGAUGAGAUCCUUUCUAUCAAUGCUAUCCCCAUCUAUGGAUUCUCUUAUGAAGAAGCUUGUCAAUAUGUAAGAAGUCUUCCCACUUCCAUUACCCUGGACAUCCAGAAAGCCGUUUUGCAGGCAGAUGAGGCAGUUCAGAAAGAAUCAAGCAACAUUGUUAUGAUCAAAGAAAACAGCUCUGCGUGUAAGAAAGAAUCUUUGGAAUCUCCUCUGGAUUGUAUGGCAGAAAAGACAGGAUUCGUGUCCAAUGAUAACACUAAGGUGAUGCUAGCAGAUCCCUCAGACAUUCACUCUAUUCAAGACACUUCUAUGGUGCUAUUAGAAGAGAUUGAUGACUUCUCUGGCAAAAGGAAUUCCCCAGAAGAAAAAGAUGGUGACUGUUUAUUAAUCAAGGACAGGCACACCAGGGAAAAUAGUUUUGGGAUGGCAGAAGAAGCUCAGCUGAAUUCUGUAUCACAUAUAAUUAAACAUGAUCUUAUAGAAAGAGCUGCGAGUUCUGUUACUAAUACACAAGAGACCUUGGGUUUUUCUGUCCUGGAUUCUAUUAACGCGAGGGAAAUUUUAACUGUAAACCAAAGCUGUCUCAGUACCUAUUCAAGGAAUUUUAGCAGCCUUAGUGAUGAUCAUUUGCCUGAAAUUGAAACUAAAAGCAACACUAUUCCAAAAUCUAUGUAUGCUGCUGCAGAAGAUUCUAGUUCAGACACAGAAUCCUUAGCCGAGAAUCCUGGAGACACUUCAUCACUCUUACUAUCUAUUUGUGAUAAUCCCUUGGCAACCCAUAAACUAGUUGAAUCAGAUGAGGAGCAAAUAGAGAUUUGCAGUCUGAAUUAUGACCAACAUUGUAUUCAAAAACAGCUGGACACAUCUCCCAUAAAAUCAUCUCAUCGUCCACCAAUUUACCAUUCUUUGAACAACUGUUUGCAGGCAGAAAGCAAAACAGAAAUAGAUUCAUCGGAAAUAUCCAAAGGAAAAUUUACAUUAGAAAAAUCGCACGUAUUGAAAAACUCCAGUGCAGAACAUAUGCUUCCGUCAACAGCUUUUCAAUCUUCUCCAGAUGUUUCUUCACAAGCAGUAGACAGUUUGGCUCAAGACAGGCCAGUCUGCUCUUCCCUUGAGAAUGUUUGUUCAAGGAGUGAAGGAGGAAAUGGUCUACAGAACCAAGGAAAUCUGAUGGAAAUAUGUAAAGAUUCUGCGCCAGAUAUACACUGCUGUCUGACAGAAAAUAUCAACCGCUGGGAUGGCAACAAACUAGGCCAAGAUGAACCGGGGAAAACCCAAGAGUUGCAGGUAGAAAAUGAUUUAAUGGUGGACUGUGGAAGUAAUGUAAUUGGUAGUUCUUCUGCUGUGAUGGGGAAAGGAACCAGUGGUUCAUUCCAGUUAAGAAGAACGGACAGUUAUACUAUGAAGAGUGCAAUACAAAAAAUAGUAAACAGUCCUAAAUCUCCCCUUUUGCCCAAACCAAAACAUUUGGGAAAGGUCUCUUCUGCUCACAAUUUACUAGGAAAAAAUGAAAAAGCAAACACUGUUAUCUUGAAACCCUCAAAUACCAAAACCCUGAAUUCUGGUCAAUGCAAGAGCUUUGGUAUUACAUACAGCCCCUCUUCUUCCCCUAAAUUACAUCACGAAACUAAAGGUGCUCCACCAAAGAGUAUGGUAGAAACUCUUUCAAAUAACCACCAAAAUAAAGCAGGGCCUAAAGGAAAGGCUCUCAAUAUUAAAAAUAAGCCCAGGGCUCAUUCUGAUGCUCUUGGCCCUGCUCCUGCUAAAGCUGAGGGCACUGAUCAAAAGAAGAUAACCCUCCCUGCUCAAGGUUCACCCAGGCUCCUUUCCAAGAAAGGUUCCUCACUCCAUAACUUAGCCACACACCUGGAACCACCCAGCAGGAGCCUCUCUAUGGGUUCUAAGAUAUUUCAGCAGCAGGAGGAAGUUCAACCUUCUUUGCUGGAGCCCCAGGCCUCCACUCUGCCCGCGCUGAACGGCGAGAGCAGCGUUACGAAAAAUAAAAAUAAAUCCACCAUCAAACCAAAAUUUGGCAGGGCUGGAAUGUCAGGAUCUCCUAAAAUGGAAAAAGAAGCACAGGUUGCCAAGUGGGAAGUGGCGAGCAGUGAAAAGGGGGGGGAGGCCAGCACAGAUCAUUGCCCAACAAGAGAUGGCCCUGCUCAGUCAAAUGCGCCUUCUGAAGCCGUAGCCAAAGCUUGUUGUCCGAAUGACAGAACCGAAAACAAGGGGAUAAGUUUGAAUCAUGAUGGAUUAGAAAUGAAGCCAUUAAAAUCUGACCAUGCAGGGCUUUUUAAAAAGGAGUCCUCCGGCCUUAUUCAUCCCCCUGCUUGGCAAGAGCAGCCCAGCCAGGAAAUCCAGCGCACUUUCAUUGAAGUCAGGUUAUCUUCCUCCUCCUUCAUUCCUGACUUGCCCCUAGAGAAGAAAGAGGAUGACAAUAAGACCAACCAACUCAGAAGCAAGGCACUGGAUUGUUGGGAGAGCGCUUUCCACAAGGAAGAUGCUCUCAGUGCAUUAAAACCCGUGACAAGGACCUAUUCGGUGCCAGCACGAUUAUCCAAUCACUUAAGGGAAAACAGCAACGAUAGGGAUCAACCAGGCCAUCUUAUCCAGGAUACCUUGGGUAAUGUUUCGAGCGCAAACCCUUCCGGUGCAGAGUUGGGCAUGUUGAAAGUUGUCCACCUCAGUCUGAGCAAUCAGGAUGCCAAAGCCACAUCUGCUGGCACCCUGAAACCCAACAGUGACAAUGGCAGCCCCGUUGCCCAAAAACUGAAGAAGGGCAGGAGGAACUAUUACUACUACGAACUCAAUUGGCCACAUGAUCCCGUUUCUUCUUUUUCUGUCAAGCAGAGGAUCAAAUCGUUUGAGAAUCUGGCUAAUUUCGACAGGCCUAUGGUCAAAGCCAUAGACCUCCAUUCCACCACCCUGAACUCUAAACUGCCCAUUGGCCGAAGAUUGUCCAGUGGCAUUUCAGCAGUUUCAGCUACCAGCGUGAAUGAUGCGGUCCACACCCUGCGACGGAGCUUGAGUUCGUACUGUGGAGGUGAAGCCCCAACAUCUCCAAGGGUCACCAGAUCUUCAACCAGCUCGACAUUAACAAAUGUGCAACAGAAUUUCCCCAAGAGCAGCAAAGACGAUGGUCACUUGGAGAAGAGUGAAAGGCACGCUUUUGAAGAACCGGUUAGUUUACCACCAUCUACCACCAAUGUCCGAAGAAGCAGAGCCUCAGGUGGGCAUAUUAGACACAUGCCUUUGUCUCGCUCCAAACUCCGGGAGCUGAGAGCUCUGAGCAUGCCAGAUCUUGAUAAGCUCUGCAGUGAGGACUUCUCUAUGGAGUCUCAACCUUCACCCCUCAAAACCGAGCUGCAUCUUCCCUCUGUUGUGAGAUCCUUCGAUGCUCCCGUUGAAAAGGUUCCCAAGCUGAAUGAAUGCUCGGGAUUAUCCAGUCCUGGGAUGACAAGCAGGCAACCUUCCAAAGAAACCGGUCCUUGGAAUAGUGGCUCUGGAACUCCUGGAUCAACCUCUGAUGAGGAAGGGCUACAGCACGAUGGCGGUCUGAAUAAAGUGAACUCAGGGAAGAGCUGGUCUAUCAGCUUGGAUGAAUUAUUGAUUUCUUCUCUGGAUCAGCAGAAAUUGCAGUCUGUUUUGUCUUUGGUGACAACGAAAAGUGAUGUUUCUUCUUUACUUCAGGAAAUCCAAGCACAAGCAGAGAGCAAAGAAGAUAUUUACUUUGUAGUCUUGAAUAAAGAGGAAGGUUCUGGCCUGGGCUUUAGCGUGGCUGGAGGAAUAGACCUGGAACAAAAAUCCAUCAUCGUCCAUCGGGUGUUUUCCAAAGGCGUGGCUUCCCAGGAGGGGAAAAUUCACCGUGGUGACCUCAUUCUUUCUAUCAACGGCACUUGUUUGGAGGGUUCUGUCCACGGGGAUGUCCUCAACGCACUCCAUCAGGCCAGGCUCCAUAAAUAUGCCAUCGUGGUCAUCAAGAAGGAGAAAGACAGAGGAAGAAUGCCUCCUCGGAGCAAUGAAAUCCAUACUUCAGAUAGGCCAGCUUUGGUGGCUGCAGCCACAGGAAGUGAAGCAGGUUCAAGCGGAGACCUGAAUGGGGCCAUUUGUGUUGAACUUUUGAAGACUUCUGCUGGCUUGGGUUUCAGCCUGGAUGGUGGGAAAGCUUCGAUAUCCGGAGACAGGCCUUUGCUCAUCAAAAGAAUUUUUAAAGGUGGUGCUGCUGAACAAGCUGGGAAACUGGAAGCGGGCGAUGAAAUUCUUGCCAUUGGAGGGAAAUCCCUGCUUGGACUCAUGCACUACGACGCGUGGAACGUCAUCAAGUCUGUCCCAGAGGGGCCCAUUCACCUGCUGAUCAGGAAGCAUCGGCCGCCAGAAUGACGGAUCCCAACCCCUGCGUUCCGCUUCCCUUUUGAGCGACAACCUCACCAGUUUUGUUUGCCGGGAGCCGUAAUGUUGGCAUCUGGGAUGUUAUUCUCCUAGGUCAGAAUGGUUUUAUCAGCCGAGAAGCCUCAAUUGCAAGACUGGUGUCGAGCAUCAAUAUGGUCAGGCAGCUACCCCACGUUUGGAGUUCGUUAGAUGGGCACAGUUUGGUUCUUUUAAUUGCAACCGACUUGUUCAAAAGAGAAAAGAUAAACCAACCCAGAACUUAAUAGCAGGAACACAAGAUAUCACAGUGGCUGCUGCCUGCACUGGCUGUCUGGAUAGGAGGUGCAGAAGCUCAUAAAAACGGAGGCAUCUCCAAGAGAAUCCCCUAAACCAGAGGUCUCCAAACUUGGCAACUUUAAGACUUUGUGGACUUCAACUUUGUGGACUUCAACUUUGUGGUUGAAGUCAACAAGUCUUCAUGUUGCCAGGUUUGGGGACUCCUACCCUAAACCCUGGAGCUGACCUAAGCCAGGAACUGAUUUAAUGUGUUCUGGUUUUGCAAAUGGUGUCUUUCUUUUCACCCUCGUGGAAGGUGCCAUAAUGUCUUCCUUCUUGCUGAAUUCUUCCUCAUUCUUUGCCACAGACACUCAGGAGCAUUGCUUUGUGUUUACAGUCUGCUCUCUCUUCAGUACACCCAGGAAGUGGGGGAAAAUAGGAUAUAAAAAGGCUACGAAGGAGUGGGUGCAGAAUGUAACUGCCGCGUAGCCUGAUACCAACUAGAUAAAUCCAGAGCAAUAGUGGAGGGGGAAAUCCCUGCAUUUUAUAAAUUAAAUCAAUGGUGUCUGUGUUCUUUUGCUUUUAAUGCCAAAGAUGGCACAAUAAAAUAUUUUGCAUUGGUUCUAUGGAAAGUUCGGUAGUAUACAGGGGGCAAAAAAAGAAAAGGAAAAAAAAAGGAUUGCAUUUGGUUUCUUCUUAUUACAACGAAGAGUUUUGGUAUCUUGUUUUCCAUCACAUGGGGUGAUUGUUCUCAGCAUUUGUAACUCACUGAAAAUGGAGCUCUCAGAUUCAGUUCUGGGUAUCACCAACUCAACGGUCUUGGAUAUCAGAACCUGCAGACCUGGAAAAGGAUUUUGCCAAAGAUCCGGAAGAGCUGUUGCCAAUCAGAACAACAAAUGCUUAACUUAGAAGGACCAGUGGCCUGAUUUGGUGAAAGACAGCUUCAUAUAUUGAUCUGGAAGCCACUGGCCCUCCACAAAGGACACCUCAGGUUUAGCCAUGAACUCAUUUUCAUGGUCCUUCUUAAACUCUUAGCACUCAAAGAGAAGUAUUUGCCGUAAAUUUUGUAAACUGAUAACUAUUUAUUGGGAAACGUACUAUGUAUUAGGAAACCUGAGUGUCUUUUAAAAUGUCUGAGUGAUUUGAAUGUGUCUGUCUGAAAUUUUUACAUUUUGUAACUCAAACUGAGUGAUGAAAUUGUCCAAUAUGGAUGACUGCAAGGGUUUUCUAGAUAUACCAGGCAGUUUUGACUUCGGCUGCUUUUGUGGAUCCAGCAUGCUUUUACUUUUUAAAAAAUGAGAAUGACCGGGGGGGCGGGAAAUAUGUGUUUUCUAUUGUGGAGGUAAGAAUUUUUUGAGGACUUGGGGAAUGCUAAUGGAAAUGUCUCAAUUGUCAACAUUAAAUCACCAAAUCUGGAUGUGACACUAUAUGCACAUUGGAGAAUAGAUACAGGGAGAAAAUAUAAUUAGAAACAAAUGUUGUGUUUCUAGGACAGUUUAGUAGGAAUAUAAUGUUCAGUGUUUAUCAUUCAAAAUCACAGUCAUUGGCCUCUAGAAUUUAAAUUAGACAAAUUUUAGAAAAAUGAGUCUAGCAUCUCCCUAAUAUCGAGGGAGAUAGAUGUUAUUACAAUAAGGUAGUAAUCCAAGAUCACAUUUUUAAAGAAAUGCACUCCUGAUUUGCCUAAAAUUGCAGUCAAUACUUUUAAGAUGAAAUGGAAGGAACAAUUGAUUAAGACAGUUUCAGUCAUGAAAGUGAAGAUUAUUUUAGUUGUGCUCUAUUCCUGAUUACUACAUGCAUGUAUCCAUUGUUUUUUGUCUUGCAAUGGUAUGAAAUCAUUUGCUGUCAUCCACUUCAUUUUUACUUCCUAGUCCUUGACUUUGAAUUCUAGUCUACAGCUUGUGUUUCCAGAUUGUUCCUCAUGUAAGAGAUCACCAGGUCUGAUCUGUUUUGUCUUUCUGAAGAUCUGCCAGGUGUUGCCACCUGCUGUGGCUUUCAAAACAAAGAGAAAACAAAUUAUAAAUCCCGGCUUGAAAAUGUUUUCCAGAUUUCAAUUCUACAUGGCCAUAACUUCCAAUUCUAUUCUAAAGUAUUGGUUUUAGCAGGUUUUUUUUGUGCCUCUGUGGUAGCAGUUUCUUAAAUAGACUGUUAAAGAUUCUGUGUGAUUGCACGUGUUCCCUCUAGAUUGUGGAAAAUGUGUAUGUAGUUCACCAUCUCAAAAUGAACAAAAAUUACUUCUAUGUACUCGCUUCAUCACAGUAUCACACGCACUACUUCUGAAUACUUCUCACAUAGUCAAAGCACAUGCCUGACAAAUCAUUUUAGUGGGGAAAUUAUUUUAGGCAGAGAGUUAAAUGUAAGGGAGGUUGGCCUGGUUUUGUUUUGUCUUGUUUUUAAAUAAACCAGGAUGAUGCGGGGUUGGGGAGAGGCAGGUAUCAGCACAAAGCGGUAUGAUAAUCCUUAAAUAAAUUGGAGGGGGGAUUCGUUUUCAAGGAAAUGAUAAAUACUGGAAAUUAAUUAAAUAUAUAUCUUGUUCCUGUUGCCUUAAAUUCCUAUGUCAGUAUCAAACCCUCAAUUCCAGAUUUUGAACACCAAAUGAGAUUUAUAUUUAUGAUGGAUCGUCUACACCGAGCCAUAUCACCCUCGUGGUGAGUGGAUUUAUUUUGUAUAUUUGUUCGAAGCCACAUAUUCACAGGAUGGGACUGAAAACAGUCAAAAUGGCAGCUGCAACCAAUGGGAUUCAAGCAAAACCUCAUUUUUAUGUGCAUCAGAAUGUAUCUAAAUAGAGCCAGGGCUUUGACUUUUGGGGAACCCCCUACAGAUGACCCCAAUCCAUAUGGGCAUUUACAAGAAGUGCUUUCAGGAAAAAAAAUGCAUUUAAUGGAGAUGUAUUGCAAACGGAUUGCAAUCUACUUUACUGCCCCUGUUGGUACAACAUACAGUAUUUAAUCUGGUUAGCUCCUAACUCAGGGGUCUGUAACCUGCGGCUCUGGAGCCGCAUGUGGCUCUUUCGGCCCUCUGCUGCAGCUUCUUGUU